AUGGCGGAAGAGGAGCCUUUAAGCCCAACAGCGCAAGACUUGAGCAGCUCAGUGCUCAAUCUGAUAGUACUUGGUGUACUUGAGCUGUCAAACCCUCUUGAUGAUUCUCAAUUCAUAAUUAAAGGCCUUGAUGCCAUCUUUUUACCCAUUAAUCCACGUUUCUCUUCAAUCAUGGUGAGAGAUGAGCAUGGAGUUCAGAAAUGGAGGAAAGUUCAAGUGAAGUUAGAAGAGCAUAUUAAAGUGCCAGUGUUCCCACAAGGUUUGGAACAGUAUGAUGAAUUCUUGCAAGACUAUAUAUCAAGUAUAUCAAUGGAACCAUUACCCUUCACUAAGCCAUUGUGGGACGUAAGUAUCAUAAAAUACCCUACAAGCAGUGCUGUUGGGGCUUUGGUUGUCAGGCUCCACCAUGCUUUGGGUGAUGGUUAUUCUUUUAUGGCUGCAUUGUUAGCAUGCUGUAAAAGAGCUGAUGACCCUUUGUCUCUCACUCACCUUCCCUUGUUCUUCUAA